CUUUAUGGAUCCUCACUCGCAUUCAAACAGGUUUCUUAAAUUUUUAACCUUUUUAAGAAAAACGUUUCAGGAAGCUUAUCUCGUUAAGGAAGGUUAAGCUUAUCAGGUCGACAAAAUGGAGCCUGAUAAGCCCAAGGGUAAAGUUGGACUGCUGUCGGGCCCUUACUUUAACGGUCUUCUCCUCAUUAUCAGUCUCUCGAACGUGAUAGCUUAUCUAAGAGUUUACACAUCUCAUACAAUCGACUCAACAUGGAGCCCCGCAGAAUUGGCGACGUACGAGUUUGUGACCCUGUGCGCUUAUCAAUUGUGGAUGAUUUUGAACGUUAUAUUAUUCCUGGCAUUCUACGCGUAUUACGCUUGCUUGGAGCGGAUCAAAAAUGAAUAUUUUGAAAAACGAAACGAACGAAACGAAACGAACGGGCGUAACGAAGAGGGUUUUACUGAAAGUCAAAUUUGUGAAUUGGAGACACGCUUCGGUGAGCAGAAGGGCCUCACUGACCCGGAGAUUGACUACUUGGCGAAACGAAUAGGACGAAUUUCCGCUGCACAUGUUACAAAAUCGUUACAAAAUCACCCAAGAAAAUUUGAGGAGGUGAAGAGGGACGCAGAAUCUCAGAAAGUACAACAACCUCAAACGGACGGAGGGGAUAAUACCAUUAAGAAUUCUACCUCAUCAUCGUCCUCCGCUCAAACUAGCACUUUAAAAGCCGAGCCAAAAAUACGAAAAAGGCCGAAAAUUAGGAAAGGUAGAAUUCACCAAGGAAUCAAGAACGCGAAAAAUCAUGAAGUGCCCUCUCCUGAUAAAUGUGAAAAACUGGAAAAAUAUUUCCAGUCGAAUAGUCAUCCAACCAUGAAUGAUUUUGACGACAUAGCGAAACAAUUACGAGUUACACCUUCACAGGUCGUAAAACGGUUCUUUAAACGCCGUUCACAAGAAAUUAAAGCCACGACAGCGAGCAAACUUGACGUAGGGCCGCAAAAAAUCACUGAAUCUUCAGAAACUUUAACCACACAAGGCGGGCACAUGAAGACCCCGAUAAAUCCAGAGACCUCUCCGCCCCAGACAAAUAAGACUGACGAAGCAACAAUGGUCGAUCCUUUACGCGUCCAAAUCAGUCCAACUAAUGCAACUGAGAUGAGGAUAUUGUCAGGGUAUAUGGAGGAGAAGGACGAAUUGGAGGAACUUGGACUUACAAAUGAAGAGGUCUCCGCGUGGUUUGAAAAUCGUCGCCAACUCCCCCGCGUCUUUGAUAAGCAAGGGCCCAAAGACCCUAAAGAGGACGUCGUGAAGCGUCGUAGUCGAGAAAAAAAAUCAACCCCUGUGACCAGGCCGUGGUCCCUGCUCGAACUAAUUUUAGCCAAGCGACUCGAGAUCCUUAAAAAGCAAACUACCAGAAAACACAACCUGCCUGAUGCUUCGAAUCCGCGAAAAAGUAACAAGGAGCAAUUAGCAAUCAAAAACGGAUCCAGGGUGCAGAAAACUCGAAAUGAAGAUCUCCCGAAUGCAAGUCUGGCAACCCGACGAAGUAAUCCUGUUCUUGAACUUGCACAAUCUAGUCAGACCCAACCUGAUACUUCGAAUCCGCAAAAAUGUAACAAUGAGGAAUUAGCAAUCGAACGAAUCGAAACCAUGACCGAAUCCAGGGUGCGGAAAACUCUAAAUGAAAAUCCCUCGAGUGCAAAUCUGUCAACUCGAGGAAGUAAUCCUGCUCUUGCAACUACACAAUCUAGUCAGACCCAACCUGUAACCACUGGGCAGGAACAAGAACAGCAGGAAAAUUGUAACGUUGCUGAGGAGGAUUUGCGUGAAAAUUUGACCGAUGGAGGAUCUGAUGAAAGCUGGUGUCUCGUUAAUUCCGGUGGAGCUGGAAUUAAAUAGUUGGCAGCGAAUUUUUGACGUAUGUAAAUCAUACAUGUUCAAAAAUUAUUUAUUCAUUCAAAGUUCAUUCAUUGAAAACCUUGAACAAAAUAUUCAUACU